GGUGUAAAGGCAGCGACCUCGGAUCUGCGGCUACCCGGAUCAGCAGGCGUUUGGAUCAUCUGUUUUUAUCUAAAUCUAGCCUGAUUAAACAUUUUGCAAAGAAGGAAAACAACAUCACGAUGUCUGAUUGCGGGGAUUCUAAUCGGAGGUCCGGACAUUUUGCCUGUCUGAUCCUUGCUCGCGGUGGGAGCAAAGGUAUUAAACUGAAGAACAUCAAAGCGCUCGCAGGACAGCCCCUCAUCGCGUGGGUGCUUCGCGCCGCCGUAGAUUCGGGAGAAUUUGACAGUGUGUGGGUGUCAACGGAUCACGAUGGUAUUGCCAGAAUUUCUAAGGAAUGGGGUGCUCAGGUACACAGGAGAAGCCCUCAUACUUCCAGAGAUCAAGCCACUUCUAUCGAGGCUGUUCAAGAAUUCCUCACAGAACAUCCAGAGGUAAAUUUUGUGGGCCAAGUCCAGUGUACAUCACCAUGCCUGCACCCGUCCCACCUUCAGAGGGCGUGUCACAUGAUCAGGAAUAUGGGCUUUGACUCUGUUUUUGCUGUUACUCGGAGGCACCUCUUCAGAUGGACGGAGACCCCCGUAGACAAAGAUGUAAGUACGAAGGCUGAGAACCUUAACCCUGCAAAGAGACCUCGUAGGCAAGACUGGUCCGGUGAGCUCUACGAGAAUGGAUCCUUCUACUUUGCAACAAGAGAGCUUUUGAUGGAUGGACUUUUUCAAGGUGGAAAGGUGGGAUACUGUGAAAUGCAGCCUGAAUACAGUGUGGACAUAGAUACGGACAUUGACUGGCCAAUUGCUGAGCAGCGUGUGAUAAAGUUUGGCUACUUUGGCAAGACGAAACCCCAAGGAGUAAAGUUGGUGGUCUUUGCAGCUGAUGGUGUCCUUAUCGACAACCAAAUCAAUUUCACUGCAACCGGAGAUGAGUUCCGUUCGUUUAGUCGUAGUGACACCAUCGGUAUCAACCAGUUACGAGAUAAAGGAGUGGAGGUCAGGGUCAUUGCAGAUGAGGAUAAUGAUGUCACCACUAAAUUGGUGGCUCGGCUUGGAAUCAGCAUGUUAACUGAAGCCAAAAGUAAGGUGGAUCGUUUGAAUGAAUGGAGGAAAGAACUAGACUUGGAUUGGAGUCAGGUUGCUUUUAUGGGUCGUGAUACUCCAGAUCUUGAUUGCAUGAAGACAGUCGGAAUCGGAGGAGCACCCUGCGAUGCCCACAGUGACAUAACAACUACUGCCAAGUUUGUGGCCAAAGCCGCCGGUGGCAAGGGAGCCGUCCGAGAAUUCUGUGACCACUUACUUCUUGUGAUGGAGAAGGCGAAGUCUGCAGCAGAAAAUAGAAAGAUAUAAAGCCGUACCAUUGGGGCGUUGCAGGAAACUAACAGUCAGUUACAAACCAUUAUGGGGUCCGUCAAUUCUAUUAUGUGUAUUGCAAUUGAUUAGUGAUCUGCUUCUUGCCACAUGAAAUAGAAACUGUCAAAUGCAAAAUUGUAACAAAAAUUUGCAAUUGAUGCUAAUAUUUUCUUGCAACAUCCCUAUAAGUCCUUCAUGGAGGACAAUCGCAGGAGGAGUUCUUUAUAGUAUUUCAUUCAGAGGAUCCAUUACUUUUUUUAUAUUCUAAAAUGGUAAGGGAUAUAUGUAUGAACAUGCUCUAAAUGUUUUAUUAUGCUGCAUUUUAUACCCUAUUUUUAAUUUUGCACAAUUCACAAACUUAUCACCAUAAAUGUAUCCUUUAUCACUAUAAAGCCAUUGGUACACUUGGACCUGUUUCAUAAAACUUGUUUUAUCUUAGGUAAGUAACAAGCUACUGAAAUCAUGGCUUUUGAUUGGUUGAUUGCACAUUUGCCAUAUGAAUUCAGUAAUAAUAAUAAUAAAUUGGUACUUAUAUAGCGCAUAAUCAAUUGAAAUUGCUUUAUGCACUUUGUACAAAUUGCUCUCCAAUAUUACAGUUACACUACAACAAAACUAAAUUUGUUUUCAAAAAUCUUUUAAAAGAUUCAACAGAAGUACAUGAUCGAAGGUGAAUUGGUAAACUAUUCCAUAAUUUCGGAAUGCUUAAGUAAAAACUAGCUUCCCCCUUUUGAAACAACUCUAGGAAUGUGUAAAAAUUGUAGUGUCUUCACUAGAACAAAGUCUAUAAUGUGGCCGGUGUGGGAUCUAUGUAAACUAUAGAGGUAUUCGGGUGCCAUUUUAUGCAUACACUUAAAAACUAACAGUGCAACUUUGUAAGAUAUUCUUUCGUCAACUGGUAACCAGUGCAAAUGCUUUAACAAAGGAGUGGCCCGCUCAUACUUCUGAGCCUUCAAGAUAAUCCUAGCGGCACGAUUUUGAAUGCGCUGCAACCUUUAUUAAGUAUCCUUUAUCAAUGAUAAUCUUAAUGAAAUCAGGCCUCGAAGUUUAAUCACAAUUGUUUAUGUACCAACAAAUUCAAAGAAAUUGUGUAAUAUAUUUGUGAAUUUAAGGACAAUUUGAGAAUGAAUGGAAUCCCUCCAUCAUGAAUGAAUACUAUAUUGAACCCUAAACUAAACCUAACUGAAAUUGAUAUGAUUGAUUUGUGAUUGAUGGUGCAUUGUGGCUAAUGAAAUCACUCUAAUCAGUGCUCUUGUGUAGCUGUUUGAUAUUUAAUUCAGUAAUGUGAUAUUAAGUUGACUUUUGUUUUGUGCAUUGCCAGGCAAAUGCACAUUGAUGUUUAUUUAAUGCCACUGAAUAAUAUUGUGAUCAUCUUUAAAUUAAAAAAAAAAACCCUCCCCUGCAACUGAAGAUGAAAUAACUUAUGUAGUACUAAAAGAUGGUACAACUAAAAAGAGUUUGCAUGAAUCACCUCGCCCAAGAUUGCAUGUAGAUUUUUUGUAUAUUUAUUCAAACCAGUAGAUAUUAAUUAUCUAAAUUAUAGCUGUAAGAACUUACCUUUGAUAUGAGAUUAAUAAUUUAAUUAUAUAAACAUUUGAUCGGAUUCUUUUUCAUCAGUUCCCCUAGAUGCAGUAAGGGACUUACAGUUUGGUAUUCUAAAUAUAUGUAUAAUAUGUACAUGUAUAACUUAUCUGUUUAUGUCACUUUCGAAUUUCAAAGGGAGUUUGUUUGAAUUCUAUCCAAUUACAGGAACUCACAUUAUUUGGGGAGAAGAAUGAGUGCUUAUCAUCCAUAGUAGUCAUUUCUUCUUAUUUUUUUUCUACAUUUAAUACAAUUUUAUAUUCAUGCAGGUGACUUUUCCCAAGUCAAGUCUUUUUUGGAUAAAGAAAUCUGUUUGACUUCAUGGAAAUCUGUCCUAGAAGAGGUAUAUCACUGGUUUUAAAUAAUCUGGUCUAAAAAAAUUGACCUCAACAAAUAUUUGACUCGGAAAAGGUCAAUUUUGUGGAAGUUAAUGUGUAUAUUUACAAAUGUACAUCUAUGUCAACUUUUGAAUAUGUCUAAUUACUAGAAUUAAGGAAAAAUCCUAGGUUUUUGUUUGGUUUUUAGUACAUAGCACAUGAAUAUCUACAUUAAAACAGAGAAUAUGAAAAUUGUGCAAGAUAAAUUUACAUUAAACAAUUUCUCCAACUACGAAAAAAAAAGUCCACAACGACGAAGAGGUGAAGACCCAACGCCAACGCAUGUCCCUGUGACAAAUGGUGCCAUGACUUCUACCUCCAGAGUCUGGUGCCCUUUAUCAUCAGCUAAACCAUUUAAUUUUACUAUAGAACACACUCAUAUAUUAAACUUAACCCUAAUAAGACUUGGGGUUGGCUGAUUCAGCUCCUCCUCACCAUUUUUAAAAAUUAGUCUGUUACAUGAAAAGAUUCCUGCAACAUUUCAUAACGUUUUGCUUUCAGGUCUCAGGCAACUUUUAAGACCGAAUUUGUGGGGGUACGGGUUUCCAAAAUUUUGCAACAUUUCAUAAGUACAUGCAGACCUAUAAAUGCUUAUUACACUUGAAUUGGUUUACAAAUUCAACGCAAAUUGGGGUGUUUUUGCCAAAAUUCAUAAGUUUUAGUGGCAGAUUAAGGUUGUGACUAGUGUUAAGAGAAUGUGAAGAAGUUGGAGAUUUUUACAGCUCAACCAUUUUAUUCCUUUGUCUUUUGAUAAAUUGUUGAGUUGUGUGGUAGAGCUUCCAGAUAAAAUGUUAAGCUUCUCAAUGUGACACCAAAAUUGUAGCAUUUUAGCAUGCAUAGAUUUAUAUUUUAAGGAUUUGUUUGGCAGAAAUCUUAUUUAUUUUCUGCAGUAUUUACUCAUGUCGACAACAGAUAAUAUUUGAUAUUGUGCUUAUUAUAUUGGACAUUUAUGAUUCGCUAUAAGUUAUUCAAUGAGUUUUUUGACAGUUUACUUUUUUUUGCAGAAUUACAGAAUUUGACAAUAAAAAAUAUUGGGUACUUAUGCAGUUUAUGCUCAAUAUAUUGGACAUUCGUAGACUGGCUAGCAGCUAGUAAUACCUUUAUUAAUCAAUACCAAAUAUGAAUGUUAAACACAGUUUUGUUUGCUCCGUUUAUUAUGUUUGCCGGUUUAAUUGUUUUCUGCUAAAAUCGCUUAGGCUAAGAAAAUGAAGUAUUGGACAGUAUACAAGUAGCUAUCUGCUAAAUAGCUACUUCUUAAUACCAAAUAUAAAAUUGAAUCUAGUUACCAAAUUCUACCACUGAUUUAUAUGUAUAAUCAAUUAUAUUUUGUUCGUAAAUUGAUAAUUUUCUUUUGUAUCAUUCUUGUUGAUCAUUACCAGUAUUGAAUAUUUUGCCAAAUGUAUUGGACAUGUGUUUAAAUAGCUAUCAGCUUAACCCAAAAUCAAUUAUUGCUUGAUAUGUGAUUUCCACCCAUUUCUGUUGAGGUGCUGAGGUGUAGUUAAGUCUCUGAACUGGAUCAUAAGGUUUGGGGUUCAAAUACCACUGCAUCAUCCUUUGUCAAUGUCUAUUUUUAUGUGGCCCCAUAACACAAAGCUUUAAAGGGUUGGUCCCACUGCACUUACGGAUGCAAAAAGGAUUCACAUUAUGAAUACAUUUUGUGUCCGUCAGAUAGUGGGACCAGGCCUUAAGAUGUUGAUUUUAUCAAAUUUGCUGCCAUGCACUCGCAUGCUUUUAGAGAGUUUGGGCAAGUGGCUGGAUACCUCAAACAUACUGUUUUUUAUUUAAGAUCAUCAUAUUUUUAUCUCUGAAAUAAUAAUUUUCAUGGAAUUUUGUAUAAUAUUCAUUUAUUCAUUUAUUGAGUGGCACACUAUUUCCAAGGCCUUAGCUCCAGCUGCUUAAAUGCUAAAAAGCAUACAUGUAUCUAUUUGGCUUUGAUGUGACGUCAUUUAUGCCAAGUCUAUGAUAGAAAAUUAUGUUGGAAUUGCAGCUUAUUUGAAAUUUUCAGAAAUUGUGUAUGUAAUUCAAACCCAGCACCUUUUUUUAAUUCAUUAAUUUUUCUUUGUGUUGAGGGGUCAUGAUAGGACUUCUCAGAUAUCUAACAUUAUGUUUCAUGCUUCUCUUCUGUAUACAAAAUGUUCAGCAUUGUAGCAGAUAUAUAUUCAGAUUUUUUAUCGCAAGUACAGGUAGUUUAUUGUUUGCCACCGUAUUGCUCACUGGGUAAGUUACUUGCAGAUUCCCACCUUAUCAUCUAUAUUACUUAAUUAAUUAUGAUAUAUUGGAUGUUUAGUCAAUGUGUUAUUGUUUGCAAUACAGUCUUCUUUUGUGCAUCUAUUUUUAGCAAUGAAACUCGGAUAUAUUCAAAAGUUUUUAGUCAGUGAUUUUUUUAUGUUGUAUGACUUGUAUUAUGGUAUUGUAUAUUAUGCUUAAUAGCUUGAACAUGUGACAGACAUCCUUCAACUAGCAAUGUCAGUGUUUCUUGAUUUACCACAGCUACUCAGAAAGAGUAAAGAAAGUUUACAGGUGGCUGACACUUUUGAUUUAGUAUGUCUGCAUUUCUUGAUAUUUCAUACAAUAACUCACAUAUUUUUUAUGCCUAAUAAUAUAUUGGACAUCUGGCUGUUGCGCUAUAGUAUUACAUUUAUUCCCCGAUACCAAAUAUCUAGCAACAGUAACAGACAUAAUUAAAGUUUCUUGAUAACUUGACAAUUUCCAUUUGAUUUGUUUAACUUACUGCUUUAAAAUAUUAAAUAUUAUAUAAUAUCAUAUAUUGGACAUAUGGUUUACAAGCUGUUAAUUGGUAAUAUUAUUUUGCGAUACCAAAUUAUUAGUAUAGUAUUUCAAGUGAAGAUAUAUUUUUUAAGGUGAUUGAUUGCUUUCCGUUGAAUUGCCACACAUACAAUAUUCAAUAACAUGCCUAAAAACUUUGUCAUCUGUUGACAAGCUAUCAAAAUUCAUUUCUCAAUAACCCUUUUUUGCUACAGUUAUUCACACAAUUAUGUACUUAUACAAAAUAGUAAAGUUCUUAUGUGUUGAAUCACUUUAUUCAGUAUUGAAUAGCAGGACUUAAAAUUAGACACUGGUUAACAGUAAUUCACAUAUUUCAUGGUUUGCUGUUCAGGAUAUUUUUCACUAGUAUUUUCUCAUGAUCUACUACUUUUAGACUAUUGAGUAUCAUGACUUAUAAAUGGGAUAUUUGGCUUGCAAGCUAUUAAUACAAUCAUUUCUCAAAGUAACACUCAUAUAUUCAAAGUUUGUGUUACACUGAAUUUAGUAUUAGUGUUUUGUGUUCAAAGUAUUUUACAGUAUUAGAAAGCAUGACUUAUCGAUUGACAUCUGAUGAACAAACUCUUCUAGUAUUACCAUCGUUUCUUGAUACCAAAAAUUUAACGUUGAUUAUUCAAUAGUUUCUUAAAGGGAAAUUAAUUAUCUUGUAUUGAACCUGUUAAUUUUCAUUAUCGAUUAGAAUGCCUUAUAAAUUGGACAAUUGGUUGACAAGCUAUUGGUGCUCUUGUAAUACCAUUAUUAUCUUGAUACCAAAUUUUAGCUAUGAACUCACAUAUAUUCAAGUUUUUUGGAAAUACUUUAUUUUCUUUUUGCUGUAUGUCUGAUAUAUUGGACAUUUAGUCAAUGAGCUAUCUAUAAGAUAAAUCAUAAUUUCUUGAUAUACAAUGUUCGUGAAUCGAUUAUAUUUUUAUUGUUGAAUUUGUUAUGUUGACAUAAAUAUUAGUGGAAAUUGCCCAAUGAUAUAUUGGACAUUGUGUAUUACAAACUUUUUGUAUCAGCUAGUUUAAUGUGUUAUUUCUUGAAUAGCAAUAUACAUAUACUAUAAUAUAUUCACCACUGAUGUGAGGUGUAUUCAGUAUCUAUCCCGGGGCCGAAUCACAAGGUUCUGGUUUCAGUCCUGUAAUA